AUGGCCGAGGGACGCUGCAACUGCGGAAGCAUCAAAGUUUCCAUGCCUUCCAUGCCUGAGCAGUCCGCUAUCUGCUACUGCGCCAACUGCCGCCGCGCAGGAGGAAGCAUCGGAUCAAUCGUAUACAUCCUCGACAGUCCCCAAGUCACAAUCAACGAUCCGAACAAGUAUCUCAAAGACUACCGGGACAACGACACGAAGAGCGGGAACCCUAUUACUCGCCAAUUCUGCAGCAACUGCGGGUGGUGA